AUGUCGUCAAGUCGAAUUGCGCAUAGUACACCCCUCAAUAUUUCAAAGCAUUCGGAAAAUCUGCUAUGGUGUGUGCAAAAUUUGACACAAGAUUUUCUUGCAGAGGCCUUAAGGGCUGAGGAUUCUAAAAAAUACAAAAAAUUCGUUUCGUUAACAUCGUCAUUUCCUUUUCGCAUUAAAAAUUGGAUUAACCAAUACUCUGACUCAGACUCUUUGACCAGCAGCAUUGAAGCUUGGGAUUCAUCAGAUUCUACAAAUUUUCCAGUCAUUGGUCAGCCAUUUUUUAAUCGAUAUUCAGUACGAUAUUGCACGAGCAACACAUUACCAUUUACAUCAGCAUCGUCAUUGCAUUAUUCUCUAAGAUCAGCCCCUGUACAUCCGGGAUUUGUCUCAUACAGUACUAAAAGCAAGCAACCUUUUGAGGAUUCCAAAUCAAUAUCAAUACCUUCAAUACCUUUAACCCCUGAGUUAUCACUUAAUCAGCUCAUUUCAAUAAUUUCAGGGAAACCUAUAGACCCAAAUUCCCCAGAUUUAUAUCAUCUUGUGGAGGACGUUCUGGCUGCCAAAGAUGUAGAGACGGUUCGAAGAUUUCAAAAAAUUAGAGUGCAAGUUUAUCAAUAUCUUAUUAAAAACAAAAACCCUCAACGUUUACAUAUUAUUGAAAAAAUUUAUUCAUCUAUAAGUCCUAAGCGCCUAACCAAAAAAGACUUAGCAGCAAAAUUACAAUGUAUAACUGAGUUAGAGCCAGAGCGAAUUUCAAAAACUCUUACCGAGUCUCUCAGACUUUUUUCUCAUAAAUUUGUUUUGGAACUUCUUUUUUCUACAAUAAAACAAUUACAGAAACUUCCUAUACCGUCUGCUUUAGCACCUGCAAUCACUGAUAAGUCUUUGUUUUCUUUCCAACUUUUUUCUUCUAUUUUAUUGAAACAGUUAGGUACCUUAAAACUCUCCAACAUGUUUACCUAUAAGACUGAAAGAACUAUCCUUACAGACAUGGUGUUUUUUGAAAAUCCUAGGGAUUUACUUCGCAUUUUAAAAACGUUAUUAGACGACAAGCCUAAAACCAACUCUUUGCUGGUGACAACAAUUAUAGACAUCUUAACCAAAACCUAUCGAUUCGAACUAGCAGUUGACCUCUGGAAUCUAAAAUGCCAGCUUGGUUUAGCCAGCUCUUUAGAUUUAUAUUAUGCAAUGAAAUCCUAUAUUAAGAUGAAAUUGCCAGAUGAAGCACUAUUAAUUUAUAAUAGCAACCCACGUCUGCAUAACGACUGGCUUUUUGAUAUUGUUCUUGAAGCUUACGGUAAAAAGGAGGAUUGGAUUGGCAUGCGUCAAGUGUUUGAUUCGUUAUUUGGUCGUGGUGAGCUCCCGAAUUUGAAUCACUAUCGUAUCGUUAUGGAAGCCAUUUCAAAAAUUGCUCAAACAGAUGUCAUUGAGUUUAUGUACAACAAUAUGCUUUCUCGAAAUCUGAAUCCAACUGUUUCUAUAUACAAUGCCAUUAUGUAUGGUCAGUAUGCAUUAGGUGAUUUGGAUGGAGUGAAGAAAGCGUUUGGCAUGUUAAACUCUUCCGGACUUUCUCCAGACACAUCAAGUUAUAACAUUAUGCUUAUGACCUAUCGAGAUUUGAAAGACCUAGAUUCUGCACUUGAGGUAUUACAGAUGGCUACUGCAAAAGAGCACAAAAUUUCUCGUGUCAUCAUCACAACAAUUUUAUCUCUUUGCGCUGAGCGUAAGGACCCCGUCAAUGGACAAAUUGUUUUUAACUGGAUUUUGGAGUCUGGUGGCCACCCUGAUCUUACAAGUUACAAUGCUCUUCUUCACUGUUACGCUGAGUCUAAAUCUAAGGUCAAAUUUAAGGAGCUUUACCGCAGAAUGCGUAAACUGAAAUUUCCUCUGAGAAUCGAUACUGCUACUAUUCUUUUUUCUUUUUAUUCAGAAACUCGUGAUAUUGUCAACCUGAACAAUUUGGUUAAGACUAUGGAUCAUGAGAAGAUUCCACAGGAUAAGAUCUUUUAUUCGACAGUUUUGAAACAUUUAUGUGAUUCUAACAAUAUGGAACAAGCUGAGCAAGUAAUUGAAACCAUGUCACAGUCAUCCGAAAAACCUGACGUUUAUCACUAUUCUAUAUUGAUGGAUGGCUACUUAAACCAUAAAAAUUACGCCAAGGUUUUCAGUAUUUACGAAAGCUUGCCUAGUCUCGGUAUUGAUCCUUCUUUCCACACUUCAGCAAUAUUAUUACAAGCCCUUCAGUUGGCUAGCAAAAAAUCGCCAGAGCUUAAGGGUAAAUCUAAAAUUCUGCUCACUGAAUAUCUUGAUGAAAAAGACACUGUUGAUUUGACUUCUUCUUACUGGCCUCGUUACGCAGUACCUCCAGAGCUUUCGAAGGUCGUCGCUCGUUCUUAUGCUGAUGGUGCUAAACCCGAUGAAAUCAUAAAGGUUAUGGAAAAAAUGCAAGAACAACACGGUCCUGGUAAUGUUAUGGAGGGUCACAUUGUAUUAAUGAGAAAACUGUUAGAAGCAUACGGUAAAGCUCGUGAUUGGGAUAACUUUAACCGCUACUGGACUAUCUUUUUCGAGGCCCAGCGCAAGUUCUAUGUUCCAAAGGAAGUUUUUGAUGAGGAGAAUAGGGAGAAGAAAACAAUUGAUGUUAUUCCCUAUAAGGAUCGAUUCAGCAAUGAUGAAAUUUUCCGUUACAAGAUAUUUCAAAUCACUUCAUUUGGUGAGUACUCCAACGUCAUUGAGUUUCUUGAAAUUAUGCGAUCCGAAGGUUAUAUUUUCAGCAAUAGUUUGAUUAAUAUGACAAUCCGAUUGCUUGUGGAAGAAGAGGUUGCCAUUGUCGAUGCAUACCGUCUCGUGUCAAUUUAUUUGAUCAAACAUCAACUUGCUCGCUAUUCUUUGAGGCCUCUUGUUCGAAAGAAAACAAUAACAUUGGAAGAGUACAACCGAAAGAUCGGGCAAUAUAAUAUUCAACAAGAAACUAUGGGGGCCCUUAUACGAAAUUUCCCCCGUCUAAUUGAUGCCACGAUUAGGGCAAGUGGCGAGCCUGAUUUCGCUGAAAAAGACGCGCUUCAUUUACUAUUCUUGCAAUUGGGUCAAACCAUUCGUCUAUUUUAUGAAAUCUCAACUCGCACUAAAUUUCCUUUUCGUCAAGGCAAAAAACAAAGGCGAGACGCACUCGCGAAUAUGCAUAAUGUAAAUAACUAA